AUUUCCCACAAGGCUAUGCGAAGGACUGCCUCAAACCUCAGAGCACACUACAUACAGUUUACUGCCUGCGGACCAUCCCUGAAAUGAAGCUGCUGUUGAAAUCCCAGAUUACCAAGAAAGAACAUCAGUAUUAGCAAGACUACAGUGGUGCACACCUUUAAUCAUAGCACUUGAGAGGCAGAGGAAAUGCUGUCAUUCAGUGAUGUGGCCAUUGAUUUCUCUGCAGAGGAGUGUGAAUUGCUGGACCCUGAUCAGUGGACUUUGUACAAGGAUGUGAUGUUGGAGAAUUUCAGCAACCUUGUGUUCCUGGGCCUUGCCUCCUCUAAGCCAUACCUGAUCACAUUUCUGGAGCAAGGACAAGGACCUUCAGACAUGAAGAGACAAGGAGCAGCUGCCAUGGAAACAGGAAACAAACACUCUACUGGCAAAGAAUGUGGCAAAGCCCCUCCUUGGAACUCACAACCUAUUAGCCACCAGAAAAUUAAUCUAAGAAAGAAGCCAUAUAAGUGUGAAGAAUGUGCUAAGACUUUCCGUUCUCCAUCAUUACUUUGUGUACACAGGAGAAUUCAUACAGGAGAGAAGCCCUACUAUUGUGAAGUGUGUGGCAAGGGCUUCCGUGCUCCAUCAUUACUUUCAAAACACAAAAUUAUCCAUACAGGACAGAAACCCUACAAGUGUGAAGUAUGCCAGAAGGCCUUCUAUUUUCCAUCACGACUUUCUCUACACAAAAGAAUUCAUAUACGAGUGAAACCCUACAAGUGUGAAGUAUGUGACAAAUCUUUCUGUUCACCAUCACGACUUUCUGAACACAUGAGAAUUCAUAAAGCAGAAAAACCCUACAAGUGUGACGCAUGUGGCAAGGCCUUCAAUUAUCCAUCACAACUGUCUCUACACAGUAAGAUUCAUACAGGAGAGAAGCCCUACCAGUGUGAGGUAUGUGGCAAGGCCUUCUGUUUUCCAUCAAAACUCUCUCUACACAAUAAAAUCCAUACAGGAGUGAAACCCUACCAGUGUGAGGUUUGUGCCAAGGCCUUCUAUUUUCCAUCACAACUUACUGUACACAAGAGGAUUCAUACAGGAGAGAAACCCUACCAGUGUGGUGUAUGUGGCAAGGCUUUCUAUGUUUCAUCACAACUUUCUUUACACAAGAGGAAUCAUAUGGGCGAGAAACCCUACAAGUGUGAAGUUUGUGGGAAGGCCUUCUGUAUUCCAUCACAAAUUUCUGAACACCAGAGAAUUCAUACAGGAGUCAAAUCCUACAAGUGUGAAGUUUGUGGGAAGGCCUUUUAUUUACCAUCACGACUUUCUGUACACCAGGGAAUUCAUACAGGAGUCAAACCCUACAAGUGUGAAGUUUGUGGGAAGGCCUUUUAUUUACCAUCACGACUUUCUGUACACCAGAGAAUUCAUACAGGAGUCAAACCCUACAAGUGUGAAGAAUGUGGGAAAGCCUUCUAUUUCCCAUCACGGCUUUCUGACCACAAAAGAAUUCAUACGUCAGAGAGAUCCUUCAAGUGCGAAGUAUGUGACAAGGCCUUCAAAAGUAAACCAGUACUGUCUGUACACAAGAGGAUUCAUACAGGAGAGAAACCCUACAAGUGUAGUGUAUGUGGCAAUGCCUACAGUCGUCGAUCAGGACUUUCUGCACAUAAGUGGAUUCAUAUAGGAGAGAAACCCUACAAGUGUGAGUUAUGUGACAAAGCCUACAAUAGUCGAGCAGCACUUUCUAUGCACAAGAGGGAUCAUACAGGAGAGAAACCCUACGAGUGUCAAGUAUGUGACAAAGCCUACAAGAGCCGAUCAGGACUUUCUGCACACAAAAAAACUCAUACAUGAAAGAAACCCUCCAAGUGUCAGGUAUGUGUCAAGGACUUCUAUGUUGCAUCACAAGUCUGAACACUAGAACAUUCAUACAGGAUUGAAUCCCUUCAAGUGUCAAGCAUGUGACAAAGCUUUCUAUAUUCCAUCACAACUUUCUGUACACAAGAGGAUUCAUAUAGAAGAGAAAGCCUACAAAUGUGAAGUAUGUGGCCAGGCCUUUACUGAUCUGUCAUAACGUUCUAAAUAUAUGAGCAUUCAUACAGGAGAGAGACGUUAAAAUUGUAAAGUGUGGCAAGGAUUUUGAAUCUCCAUCAGCACUCUCUAGACACAAGAGAAAUCAUACAGGAUAGAACCCUGGAAGUUGGAAGUGUGUGUCAUUGUUCCCUGCUGCAUCAUUCCUUAAAGUAUUUGAGAGAAUUCAUACAAGCAAGAAAUCAUACAACUAUGUAGAAAGGCCUCUAUAUUCCAUCAUGACUUUCUGUACAGAAGAGCUUUCAUAUAGGAGAGAAGUCAUACAUGUGUUAAAAGUGUGGCAUGUCCUUCAAUUACUCAUCAGGACUACCUAUAUACAUGAGCAUUCAUACAGGAAAGAACCCUAAAGCUGAGAAGUGCGUGGCAAAGACUUCCACUUUCCAUCAUUACUUUCAGAACACAAAAGCAUUCAUAUAGGAGAGAAACCCUACAAAUAUGAAAUAUGUGGCAAGAUCUUUAAAAUGUCACAGAUUCUUUCUGCUCAUUUCAUAAUCCAUUCUGGAAAGAAACCCUACAAGUUUGAAGAAUGUGGAAAAGCCUUGUGUAAAAUGUCAUACCUAACUCAGCACAAAUUCACUCACAUUGGAAAAAAACUUCCAAAUAUGAAGAAUGUGGAAAACUAUUUAACUAUACUAGAAAACUUAAGGAACAUCAAUCAAUUCAUUCUGGAGAGAAACCCUACAAGUGUAAAGACUGUGACAAAGAAUUUAGAGCUUUCAUCAUGUUCUCGGUCCCAGAUUAUUCAUAUUGGGGAGAGACAUUGUGAGUGUGGAGAAUGGCAAGGCCUUUCAGCCGUCUUUGGUCUUAAACAACAUCAAAGAAUACACUUGUGAGAGAAACCCUGUGAAGAGUGUGCCAAGUCUUUUGCACUUACUUAGAACUUUUGAAACACAUGAUAAUUCAUGCUUAAGAGAAAUGCCAAUACUGCCAAAAAUGUUCAAAAUAAAAAACUUUAAUAAUCUUUCAA